AUGGCAGAUAGCGGUGUAGAAACACAAACGAUUGAAAGCAUUGAGCUUAACGUGGACGAUAACCCAAACGAAGACCACGUUGACAUCGAUAUCACUCAAGUUACAGAAGAAACAGUACAGAUCACAGUCGACAGUGAUGAAGAGCUUAGCAAAGACGAAAUGGUGAUCAUCACAGAGCAAGACUUAGAUGAUAUGACAGACUCAUCGAAGGAACGAUCAACUGAACUGUCUGCUGACGUGAACAAAGUUUACGAAGAAUGGAUCUAUGUGGAUGUGAACAAAUCCACCUUUGAAGUAAAGGAAAAUUUACUGCUUCUAAGUUCAGUGUACGGGAAUGGGCUUCCCUGUUGUUCAGUAAUGUGACGGAUAGAACGUGAGAGGUCCUUUUUCUAGUUGUUUAAUUUAAGGUAAAGUAGGUAAGGUUUAUAGUUCUUGUUGCUUGGCUCAUAAUUUAAGAUAGGUUUACUUUAAUGAAAGAUCUGUUACAUUCCACCCCCCUCCCCCUCCCUCAGACGCAUUUACUGUUAUGAAAUAUACUUGCAGGUCGAGGGGUAAGUUUUUCGAAACUUUUUUAAACAUAAGUUGACACACCAGUUGGAAAUGUUAACCAGGUCUUUAAAUUUAGUUGCCAGCCCUGAAGUGUUGCUGAUGAUUAGAUUGAAAAUGAUGUUCAUGUACAGUAGAACCUCUCUAAAACGAAGCCCAGGGUAUAAUGACUGAUAUUCUUUGUCCUAGUAAUAGUAAAAUUCAUGGAAGAGAACCUUGAUAUAUAACCAAGCCUUGUUAUGGCAAACAUAUUUUACCAGAACCUGGCCCUUUUUUAUGCCGAGGUUCCACUGUAGUACAAAAGGCCAAAGUACAUUAGACACAGCACACACCACAACAGAAAGGGCUCACAGAUUCACCAUAUUUUGUCUGGUCAGCUUACCUGCUAUCUAGCAAGUCACAGGUAGUGUGUAGAGAAAAGUUUGGGUGCUCUUGUAAAUGUAAGUUACAAGUUACAAAGCUUGCUCUUGAUUUCUGUCAGUUUUGAUAGUGAAAUAAGACUUUUCCUGUAAGGUGUAUCUUAGAUUGACCAAGUAGAUAAGCCACCCCAUGCAAGAGAAACUUAGGAGGCACAGUUUCCUAAAAGCAUAUCUGGUUCUACAUAAUACAUCUUGUAUUCUAGUUCAGUUUAGUAACUCCAGAAUAUAUUCUUACAGAGGUAAUGUAAAGGUGGUAGUCCACUCAGCGUGCAAAGAAAGCAAUGUCCAAUAGCCUGGGGCUAAUGGAUUUUGCUAUCAGGCUAGUGAAUUCUGUUUUUAACUUGCCUGAUGGGCAAGUGAUAUUUUUUUAGCAAAUUGGAAUAACAGAAGAACUGUGAAAUCAAUAGACCUUUUUACCGAUACGGUGGCCAUAUUGAAUUAAAUUCGAUUUAAGGAGUAUUAUAGGAUGCCCAGGGGGCAUGAGCACAUUUCGUUUGUAUUUUUGAGCGCUUUUCGGGACAUUUUUUGUUAAAUUUUUCUUAGAAUAAGAUUGUAAUGGGAGAGAAGAUCCUUGUGCCGUGUUUGGAUGUAAUGAUGAUGGCCAUUUUCUAGUUUAGUAUUAAAAAUAUAGUCUUUCACCGUAUAUUUCUCGGGAAAAAGGCGAUCACUAUCACAUGCAAACACGGCACAGGGACCUUUUUCCUCAUUAAAAUCUUAUUCUAAGAAAACUUUAAGAACAAAUGUUCUGAAAAGCGCUCGAAAAUACAAAGGAAAUGAGCUCAUGCCCCCUGGGCAUCCUAUAAUACUCCUUAAAUCGAAUUAAUUCAAAAUGGCCGCCGUAUCAGUAAAAAGGUCUAUUCUGCUCAUCAAAAAGCUUUUGGGGCUAGUUAAAAUGACGUCUGGGCUAGUAAAUGCUAGCGUCAGCUUGCCCGAGUGGUAAGCUGUGAAAGUGAUUUUCUUUGCACCCUGCCACUUACUGAAUUACUCCAUGUUUACACUUGGGUGAAGAAAAACAAGCAGAGUUGUCAUUAUGGGUCGUAACACUUAACACCUUUUGCGGCUGAGCUCACUUGGUGUUAUGGGUGAUCAAAGUGGAAAGCUAAAAGCAACACUAUAAAUUUUUGUGACAUGUUAGGGUGAAUCUCCAUUUGCCACAUCUGGUUCAAACCUAAAUGACAACCCUUAAAGUAUAAUGAUAAUGUUUUCAGUAAAGUUUUGUGUCCAAGGAAGCAACUAAAAGACAGAAAUCACGGCUUAAAACACUUACACUCGGUUUGAAAGGUACAUCAUUGUCCCUUCAAAUGGUCCUUUUUAAUCAGCAGCCCUAACAACAAGCAAAAACAGUGUACAUACAAGACUAGUAAUAAGCACUCAUUGCAAUCAUUCAGUUAUGUUAUACCUUCCAAUUCAAGUGCUUUUUGUGAGUGGACAAGAAUGUGUCACAUGACAUGUGUCAAAAGUCACUAAGCAAAAUGCACUUAACCAAGUUGCUAGGUACUUAGACUUGCAUGUUUUCAAGUCUUGUACCUUGACACGGUAAGAAAACUUUGUGCCAGUUUCACCAAGUGAAUUUGUCUUUUUGCGAGCAUGCCCAAAAAACUUUUUCAUAAUUGAACGGGUUGGUGGAAAAAGGUGCAUUUGACAAUUUUGGGCAUUUUUUGCAUUGAAGGGUUCUUGCAAAAAGGGUGCAAGGGGGUUUUGGGGCAUUUUUCAUUUUUUUGCGGGAUCAAGUAAUUUUUUCUUUUAACUUGUUAUUUGUUUUAUUUUUGAGUUGGAAGGAGAAACAAAACUUAAUGAUUGGCCUGGUCAUAGGGAACAGCAGAGCUUUGUUUCCCUUGAGUGAAGGUUGGGGGUCUCAUAAUAGUGGCCCACUUGGUUGGGUAUCAUAUAUCCUUGGUCUGAAUUUCAAUACUUGUGUUUUCUAGUAUUGUAGCCUGCUAGCAAGCUCUCCAUGUAUGGCAAGCGAAGCAAGCUGGAGAGAACGCAAGAGUGAGUGGCAAAGCCGUGAGGGGAGGACAAAUCUUUCCCGCCCCUCACACUCGCAUCUCCUUUUGCGUGCUGCUCUUGUGUGACUUCUUGCGACUCCCCCAAAUGGAGAGCUUGUUCACAGGCUACUUGUAUUGAGGAGGAAUCCAAGAGAGAUGUAGCUGUAAGUAUUUUACUAUUGUAUUUGCACUUUUCCCUGUCACUGUUGCAGGGUCAUUCCAUCUUUUUAUUGUUUGUUGUCAUCUCUACUGUACUAUGUUGCUGUUUCGAGAUGUUAUUUACCCUAACAGGGCCUCAUAAUAUGUUAAUAGACUGAGCUCACAAGCUAUCUGUUUGAAAGAGUCUGGGAAGGGAAAAUCUUAUCUUGGCUUAUCCAGUUAUCUUUAUUAAAGAUUUUUGUAUGAACAAUAGAGUAUAAUCAAAACGAAUUAUAUUAGAUGUAUAUUUAUAGAGAAAAUUGUGAAAUUAUUAAUAAAACAUGACAUUUACUGACAUAACUGUAUUAAGAGUGGGGUUUUGACAUAACUGCUUUCAAACCUAACGAUGUUGCCUUCUCACCAGAACUAAAACACAUUCACUGAAAAGGGCUGUGUUGUUUUAGCCUGGAUUUCAGACGUAUCUUCCAGUUGCAUACUCCCUCAGAGACAGGAAUGUCUAAAAUUCAGGCCAGUGUUGUUUAACACUGUCUAAAAUUAUUUUCUUGAAGAAAAUAUUUGUCCUUGACAUUUUAGCGAAUGAAAGUACAAGUUUAAGCUUUCUGUUGAACCCGACAUAAUAAAAUUUAACCUUUUAUGUUAAUGUUUUAUAGGACAUUAAUUAUUAUUUUUGAAAUAAGCUUUUCGUACCUGUUUCCCUCUUUAAGGAUAAAAGAGAGCAAUUGGAUUUUGACUCCAUUUUGUUAGCUCGCUUUGAAGAAGAUGGAGGCAGUGUAUAAGAUUGUUUUCUCCACACUUGAAUAAUAUUUUAGUGUUCAGCCUUAAUGCCUAGAAGUCUAAGCACUAGUUCGCUAGCAGUCCUACAGGAUUGUCUCACUGGCGACUGGCAUGGGGAGGACGUUACGUGUGUGCAAGGGAGGCAAACACGUGAGGGAGAAGUUUGGCUUCCCCUCACGCGUUUGCCUCGCUCGUUGGCACGAAACAUGUUAGCCCGCGCGACGGCGAGGAGCGCCCCUCAAGUAGGUUUCUAAAUGGGCUCUAGCUCUAGACACGCGAGAAAGGUGAGACGCGGCGGUGAGUCUCGCCUUUCUCGCGUGGGUUGAUUUUCACGCGCGCUCACGUUUCGCUCGCUCUACUAUCCCUGAGGAAAAAUGGGAACAACUCGUAGUCUGCUCUAGCUCUAUUUUACUAAAAUAAAAUAGAGGGGUCAUAAAUGGUCAUAAAUGCUUUUCGGUGUAUUUAUGUGUUGUAUUGUAAUAAUUCAGUUUUAAAAGGGCUACCGUAAUGGCAAAAUAGAAAAGAAAAAACACAGGACAAAGUUUAAAAGAUACAACGUUGGGUUACGUUUUUUCCGCGUAGCGCCAAUUACACGUUACGCCGUUACGCCGUUACGCUUUUCAUUGACAAACCUGUUUUUCUCUAUCUUUAACGGUCUAUUGUUUGGUAUUCCGCAAUUUGCAAUUAAGGCCAAUUUUCCCCCAUUUUGCAGGAUUUAGAGUGAACCACUUGAAAAUCUAUAUUCAUACAGCCAUCUCAGUUUUGGACCAGCACACAUAUUUCCUCCUGUUUUCCUUUAUAGCCUAUUUAGGGCCAUUGGAACUGCACUAGUCAGAUCAUGCUCUUACUUCUUACUGCAACCUUCUUUUCAGGGCUUUCCCUUUUAAAGGACUUUUGUAAACAGUUUUCUGACAUAAAUGACUCAUCCACACCUCACCUAUACCUAAAUCCUGAAUUUAUCCAGGAUUAAUCGGAUAAGAAGCUAUCACGAAACGAAAUGGCGGCCCAAGGGUAACAUAAGAGUUCGUAUGGGAGUUUAUAGAAAGUUUGAUGGGAAAUAGUACUGCAGUACGAAAAUUUGUUCUAUAUUUCCCCUUAUAGGAGUCUUCGCAAAUACAUGACGCCGUAGUGUGACGUUACAGUUACGUCAGAGGUGGAUAACAUCUCCCUGACUAAAGUUCAUUUCCUGUUUGGCGACCGCGCGUGGUUUUGACUGAAGCGGAACUCUUCUAUUCUCCUUGUGUAAGUCAAACCGCGUGUUGCUUUAUACACAACUUAUACACGAAGGCGAGGAACGUUGUAAGGUAAGUGACAUUUCAAAUGCUUAUUUGUAGCGCGUUUACCCAAGGAUCGUGAGUCCUUUUUGUAAACAACUAACUACCAAAUAAGGCCUCAAAUAAGCGAAUCACAAGUGCCUGGCAAUGUUGAAACAAAAAGCAUCGCAAAAUUAAUCGUUGAUAUAAAUAGAAAUAUUAUUCAGUUGAGCUUUAAGCUUGUCAUUUCAGAAUUCAGAGAAAGAAACCGAAAACAAAAAAUUAAAAUAAAUAAGAGCAGUAAUAGGAAAAUCAAUGACCGUACCAUAAACUUGAAAAUCACAUGGAAGGAGUGAAACACUUGGCGGAAGUCUUUGACAAAAGGGGUAAUGGUUUUAGUUUGCUUCCAUUUAAUACUACCAAUAAGAAAACUAAAUUUCUCAAGGAAAGGAAUCGUGAUGACAGACCCGGAAUAGCCUUAGUUUCCGCGUGUCAGCGAGCUAUACAUGUAGUUCAGUGUGACAUAGUUUCGCUACUUUAACAUUCAGGCCAGUAGUUUGUUUAUACUCAGGCAAAUUAGACAAGUGCGAGGAAAGCUUUUAAAAUAGUGUUCUUCUGUUUUCUCACUUCAUUUUAGAUCCCACUUUAAGAGGAUUUGUCAGUCACGAAACCUUAAACAUGUGUUCCUUUAUGUGUGUGUAUUGCUGUAGGUCAAAUGUACAACCUGCCACCUUUGAUGAUAAAAACGACGAUGAUAUAGUUUUACUUCUAAGGCAUUUCGGCUAGAUGUAUUAAAUCUUAUCAGCGAGAAGUGCAUGCUGCCAACCGCUUUAAAAACCCGAAAAAAAGGACUUUUUGUACCAGUCGUACGAAACCAACUGAAGGUGUCAAAUUAUCCAAAGUCCCGAAAGCGUGAGGGGGCAGUGUUUUUUAGGAUAAUUCACCAGUCUUGAAUUCUCUUAGCUAAACCACCGAAAACGAUAUUCCAGCGAAAAUAUUCAUUUGGUAGCUGGAGAUAAUAUCGUAUAAUUUAUUUUUUGGGCUUUUUCGAAUCGGUGUCUUCUACUUUUGACUUUUUAGUAAGGUGGUUUACAGGUCCAUAUGCCUGGGUUUCAGUUUCUACUGAGCAAAGGGAAGUCGCCUAAUUCUCCCUAUUUCUUUAUUCAGACCUUACAAAAGUUAAAAUUUCACCUUAUGAAGAACGGUAACGCAAGUAUUGGUUGAAUCACUGUAUCGAUAUUUUUAAACACAAACUGGGAAAAUAUUUUCACGUCUCUAGUCUCGCAAGUCUCGUGUCCCAUAUUUCCGCCUUAGAAAAAUACACGCCACCUCUCUUUAUCUUAAGCAAAAUCAUUUUUGUGUUAGUACCUUAGAAAGUAUGUAGGCCGGCAGCCUACGAAACCAUAUACCUACGCUUAUUAUUUUUAGCGAAGACCCUUGUUAUAACCUUCUUAGUCCCAAGAGUGACCAAAGUCAAUUUUCUCUCAACAAAAUCAAUACACAAUCAAGGGAAAAUGUUGUGAGAAUUAAUAAAAUAAUCACCUGAUGGGAACAGCUUUGAUCUACAAACAAAUUAUCUUAACCAAUUCUUGAAGGAAAUGUAUAAAGAUCGGUCUGGAGAAUUUGUAUGUGGAUAUUGGGGCUUAAAGGGUUAAACUGACAUGUAUCUCGUUUAUAGCGUGCGGCAGAGCACGUUCACUGCAAGCAGAGGUCUCUCAAGGCGAAUCGAUAAGACUGUUAACCAGCAGGUUAUGACCUCACUUUCAAAUGUCAGUAAAACGCAAAAUCGUUUUGCAAUAUUGUGGCGCCGAUAUUCGCCGCCGGCUUUUUAUAAUGAUUUCUCCACUCUAUUUCGUGACCAUUGUAUACUUGGCCACCUAUAUUCACCGUCGAAUUUGAAAAACAAGUUGUCGAUCAUCACAAAAGUAAUUUUCACGAGUUUUCUGAGAAAUCGCUGGACAGGAAAUGGUUUGGGUAGGUUCUGCACCCAGCCUUAAUAACCUCGAUAUAGCGAACCUCUAUUUAACGAAGUCCUUGGUAUAACGAACGAUUUUCUUUGCCCCAGUAAUAGUAAAAUAUAUGAAAAAGAACCUCGAUAUAACGAAACCUCGUACAAAUGUUGCCAGUCCCUUGGCCCUUCUUUACAUCGAGGUUUCACUGUAUAAAGGCGAUAAAAGAACCUUUUAAAAAGAAACAACUUUGGAAUAGGAUAGAGGGAGAAGGAGAGUAUAUUCGAAGUUCUUUAAGUUCAUUUCCAAGGCGUCCAUUCCGGUUUACAGAAUAGUGAUUAGCACUGCUGUCUCUCUUUGGAGACACACAGGCUAAAAUUAAUCACCACAUAAAUUAUGCAAUAAUAACAUUAUAUGUGGCAUAUUUUAUGUAAACUGUUGAUUAGUCUAUUGCGUAGAAGCUUCAACAUUAUUUUUUGGAAGCAGAAUUUUAGUAGUCUGAGUCUCAUUUGAGUAGGCUUAGCGCGUGAGAGAAGGACAGGCACAACGAGAGAGGUACUUUUAGUUUUCUUUCUCCUCGCGCGCGCGUCUUCGUUCCACGUGGCUGGCAGUAUUGCUGUUUUUUUGCGCUCAAAUUUUUCAUGCACCUGUUUUGCAGGGUGUAAGUGGACGAAAUAUAACAUGCAAACUCAACCCACUCUUUCACAAUUAAAUGAGUCACUCUUGGAGGAACACAUCAUAUCAAUCAAUCAAUUAAUCAAUAUCUUUGUUUUAUGACCGACAUCCUCGCCUGCAAUUCUUUAGUUUAAUUCCUUAUUGUGGGAAAGAGAAAAAUAGCAUAGCCUUUAAAUGUUGAGAAUAAAGAAAAAUAUCAAGUACACAAGUCGCGAGCUAUGUAGAAACUUUUUACGUUUGGCACAUUGAAAAGUAGAUGAACAACAUAAAGAUCAGUAUGGGGCAAGAAAAGUAACCAAUUGCCUCCACAUCCUGGUUAUAACAUUUACACCUUAAUCUUAAUUUAUAUAAUUAGCAAGCCACUGUAACUUAAUUAUGAUGAAAUUUUUACAUUUGCUAGAGUAAUUGUAGAUUCCAAGAAGUUGUAAAUCCAUCAAUUUUUGCAUAAACAGUGCCAAUUUGCUCUUUAAAAGUGAACGACGCAUUUAGCCAGGUGGCCGGCCGCUUUCAGGAGAAAAUAAAUAAAUAAAAAGCACAUCUUGUUGAUUCUCAGUCAGUGAUUUCAAACCCCCCUAGUAGAAUGAGGUCUUUGGCCCCAUAUCAAUUGGUGGAGGGCCACGUACUAAUUCCUGGCUAAAAGCUUGUGUUUCUGUUCACAGACCUUAUUCGUAGUUUCUGCAACACCAAGAAAAACCCGCUUCGUCCAAGAGUGGCAAAAUUAACUUUUCUUUAGGUUUAUGUUAAUUAGCCGUAAUUGCCUCUAUUGCAUCUGCAGAAUUCAAAAUAACUCUUAACUUGAAACGAAGCAUAUGAAAACGAAAGACCAACUUAAUUUGCCACCGUUGCAAUUCCCAUGAGCUUUAUAAAAAUGUUGUGUAAACGAAUCAGCCUUUUUUGUGUUGCAGGAGAGCAAGCAAAACCAGAAAGCUCGUCAAUGACUCGAAAGAAGGACUUAGUCGGUCCUGCCUGUCAAAUUACGUGUUGUAUCGAAACGAACGGAAGCCUUUGUGGAAAGCGAAAACCUCUUCAUACAAUCGAGGACAUUCUUAACGUAGAUGAGGAAAACCACAAUAGCCAGCUAACUGAGUCAAAUGCUCUGAGAAACACUCUUAACACAGCAGAUUUGACUCCUGUUGAACUCACUAAAGACAAAGAGGGGAAAGAUCGCAGCACAAUUAAGACGGAAUUUAAGUACGUAAGUCUGCGAUCUCAGUUGAAGAAAAAAGCAGAAUCAGGUGCAGUUAGGUACAAUCGACGGAUACAGAAGUGUUACUUUGGAAUAAUGAGCAAAGACAAGGUUGGAGUCGUACCAGUUCGUCGAACCAAGAGUGUGGAUAGAUGUCAUACAAUGAACAAAAAUGCCCAUGGAAUUUCCGAAAGCUCGGUGUUCUUUUCACCGAUUGGCGAAUGGACGAUCAUCGAUCUAAAUCCUAAGAUUUUCGAGAAAGAAGAUGCGAAGAGAACGCUUUAUUUAAGAAGGAAAAGGGCAUCGUAUAAGGAGGUAGAACCAGAGAAUAUAUGUAGGAUUCUAUAA